CUUUCGGUCCUGCUUGUUUAAGACGCCGCGACACUCAGGCGGCGCGGUGGCGGGUAUUUUACACAGACCCCGCCCACCCGGAUGAACUUCGGUCUACGCCGGGUGUAGAUGAAGUACAUUCUAUAGCGAGGAGGUUACGCUAGUCAUCUUUGAAAAAGCUCAAAAUACCUUCACGUUAGUCACCCUUAGCUGCUAUUUGACCGCGACGUUGAACAAGUCAGGGAAAUGUCUUCGGCACCGACCCUUUCAGCCCCAAAUCAACACAAGCGUGUGUCCACUCAGUCCAACCCUGGAUUCCUGGAGCGCUUGGGUGAAACCGCAGGAGGAACUGUCAUCGGGGUCGGACUGUUUUUCCUCUCGAUCUAUGUUCUCUUUACUAACGAGGGACGAGCUCUGCAAACGGCCUCCUCCCUGAACGAGGGUCUCUCUCAGGUUGUGUCGUUGGGGCCUUUUUCCAGCCGCGACCCGCAGAACAACAACCGCUUGGUUCACCUGUCUUCACAGCUGCGCACCUCACAGCCCCUCCAUGACCCCAACUACGGAGUUGCAGUGCAGGCAGUGAAGCUGCAGAGGCAGGUGGAGAUGUAUCAGUGGGUGGAGUACCGGGAGAGCAAGGACUACCAAGAGAAUGGGGAGACCAAAACUGAGACAACGUACACCUACAACACAGAGUGGAAAUCAGAGCUGGUCAACAGUCGGAAUUUUGAUGAAGAAAUUGGUCACCAGAACCCAAGUGCCAUGGCAGUUGAAAGUGUCACAGUUGUGGCUCCUGAGGUCGGAGUUGGACCGUUCAGUCUGUCUAAAGGCCUCGUGGAGCAGAUUAAUAACUUCCAGACAUUGGGUCUGAGGGAUUUUUCUGCCUCUCAAUUGGCUCCUUAUCUCAGCAUUGACGACGAUUAUUUUUAUCACACUCAUUUCCCACGCAGGCCAGAGGUCGGAGAUGUUCGUGUAAGAUUCUCCUUUGCUGGACUCAGUGGGGAGACGUCUCCUCUCGGCCGGGCCCAAACUGUCAGCGUUGUGGCCAUGCAGAGAGAAGAUCAGCUGAUUCCUUUUAGAACCAAAUCAGGAGACACUCUGGAGAUCCUGUACCUGGAGGAGCUCUCUGCAGAGGAUAUUUUUAUGAAAGAGCUGCAGUACAACAGCAUGAAGACAUGGGGACUCAGGGCUGCAGGCUGGGCCCUGAUGUUCCUCAGUAUUCAGCUGACCAUGCGUAUCAUCUACACAUUGGUGGAUUGGGUGCCUGUCGUCAGAGAGCUUGUGUCUGUGGGGCUGAAGGUCUUCGCCCUGUGUGUGUCCUGCUCUCUGUCCCUCCUCACCAUCGGAGCAGGUUGGCUUUUUUACCGACCGUUACUGGCUGCGGCUCUGGGGGCGCUGGCUCUCCUCCCGAUGUUUCUCGCCCGGUCGCAACUUCCAGCAAAGAAAAACGACUGACUGAGACGGAGCGGCGCAGCAGUUUGUUGGAGAAAUGCUGCUUUGUUUCCCUCACAGCUGUGUUCUGUACCAAAGGACUGGCUUUAGUGGGUAAAACAGACGUUCUAUGGUAAUACAGUUCAAGCCAUUUUCAAUAGCUGUAGUUUGAGGUGCUGUUAAAAUGUAUUAUACUGAGAGGUGAUUUAUAUUUUUAUUGACAAAAAUAAUGUUUCCAAAGUGAUUUGAUAGCGAUUUGUUUGAAAGAAAUGCCAAAGAACAGAAUGCGUCCUUUGUAGUGUUUUAUAUGCAUGUUAAAUAAACCAUUGCCAACAG